AUGUCACAGGAAAAACAAUGGACUGAAGUUUUUCACGCAAUAGACAAAGACAAAAAUGGGUUUCUUACUCGUGAAGAAAUUGCACAGUGCUUAAAAGAAGUUGGUGUUUGUCCGAAUGUCGCAGACAAAAUAAUCAAGGAAACUGAUAUGAAUAGUGAUGGAAAGAUUUCUUUAGAGGAAUAUUUAAACGCGCUAAGAAAACUUCCUCCUCGUGAAAAGUGUGUUGCAAGAUGGAAUGAAGUAUUUCAGUCCAUAGACAAGGAUGGUUCGGGAAAAGUUUCUAUCAAAGAAUUGGACGAAUUUAUAAAAUCUUCCGGUAUGGAUAUAGACCAAAAAAGUUUACAUAAUUGGAUGACACAAAAUGACAAAAACAAGGAUGGUGAACUAGACUAUGAUGAGUUCUUAGCCUACGUACGUCAAACAUAUAAGUAA